AUGAGCAGUGAUCACACCCCUAAUCCCAUCUCUGAUGACCCCAAGACACCACUUCUUCCACUCCAUGAUCCAAUUCAAAGAUCACCAAGCUCUCAAUAUUCAUCUCUAACUUCCCUUCUCACACCAAACAAUUUCUACAUCUUGCUAGGACCCCUUUUGUGCACCAUUAUAUGCCUUUGGGUCAAGCUAGAUGCGCCAGUAACUAGCAUAUACAUGUUGGCUAUUCUUGCUUGGAUGUUUUCUUGGUGGCUCACCGAGGCUGUGCCUAUGCCCAUCACCUCCAUGACACCUCUCUUUUUGUUUCCUCUCUUUGGAAUUGCUUCUGCUGAUGAUGUUGCAAAAUCUUUCAUGGAUGACGUGAUUGCUCUUGUUCUUGGCAGCUUCAUUCUUGCUCUUGCCGUUGAGCAUUAUAACAUUCAUAGAAGAUUGGCAUUAAAUAUCACUAUGCUGUUCUGUGGAGAUCCAUUGAAUCCACCACUGCUCCUCCUUGGGAUAUGUGCCACCACGGCAUUUGUCAGCAUGUGGAUGCACAACGUGGCAGCGGCCGUGAUGAUGAUGCCAGUAGCCACUGGUAUCUUACAACGUUUGCCAAUGGGUCCCACUCAGUCCAACGUUGUGGGCAAGUUCUGUAGAGCAGUGGUUCUUGGGGUUAUAUACUCUGCAGCUAUAGGAGGGAUGAGUACUUUGACCGGUACAGGUGUUAACCUGAUAUUGGUGGGGAUGUGGAAGAGCUAUUUUCCUGAGGCAGAUCCCAUCAGCUUUAACACUUGGUUCUUCUUUGGGUUUCCUUUAGCUUUGGUGAUUUUCUUUGCUUUGUGGGCCAUUCUUUGUUUGCUGUAUUGCUCGAAGGGCUCAGGACAGAUCCUUUCUGCUUAUUUGGACAAAGCCCACCUUAAAGGAGAGCUUCAAAUGUUAGGUCCAAUGGCUUUUGCUGAAAAAAUGGUUUUAGCUGUUUUUGGGAUGCUAAUAGUCCUAUGGAUGACAAGAAGUAUAACUGAUGACAUUCCUGGUUGGGGAACUCUCUUCAAUGGCCGUGCCGGCGACGGAACCGUCAGUGUUAUGAUGGCAACCUUGUUGUUCAUAAUUCCGAACAAGAAGCAGAGAGGGGAGAAAUUGAUGGACUGGAACAAAUGCAAGAAACUACCGUGGAACAUUGUGUUGCUACUUGGAGCUGGUUUUGCCAUUGCUGAUGGGGUCAAGUCCAGUGGCCUAGCCGAAGUUCUAUCGAAGGCAUUGGACUUCUUGGAAGAGGCACCAUAUUUGGCCAUUGCACCUAUGGUGUGUCUAAUCAGUGCCACCAUCACUGAAUUCACUUCGAACAAUUCCACAACCACCCUUGUGGUUCCUCUACUGAUCGAAAUCGCAAAAACCAUGCAUGUUCAUCCUCUUCUCCUUAUGGUUCCUGGGGCAAUCGGAGCACAAUUUGCUUUCCUUCUUCCAACCGGAACGCCUUCGAAUAUCGUUGGGUUCACUACUGGGCAGAUUGAGAUCAAAGAUAUGCUCAAGACAGGAGUGCCACUUAAGAUUGCUGGCAUUGCAGCACUGUCUUUUCUCAUGCCUACACUAGGAGCUUAUGUUUUUGGGACAAAUAGAGAAGUUUAA